UUUUUUUUUUACUCAUUUGAUGUCCUUCCGUAAUGUUGUGAUUCUAGGUGCAGGUGUGAGUGGUUUGACCACUGCUAUAACUCUUUUGCGCAAUGGUGCUAGACAAGUUACUGUCGUUGGUAAACACAUUCCUGGUGGUGACAAUGAUGCAGAGUAUCCGUCUGCUUUUGCUGGUGCUUCUAUCAUUACUUUUGCCUCUGUGAACGACAAACGUCUUCAAGAAAUUGACCGAUAUACAUAUAAUGAAUUUCAUCGAAUUGCCAAUCAAGAACCUGAAGCUGGUGUUAUUUAUUGCCCUGGUUACCAGUAUUAUGAACGAGAAGAUCCUCCUGGCGAAGAUAAUCAUUGGGUCCGCGAUCUUUUUCAAGACUAUGCAAAACUCGACAAGGAUGAACUGCCAGAAGGAAUCACUCAUGGUUAUCGAUUUGUUGCUUUUACUGUCAAUGUCUCUCAAUACCUUGAUUGGUUGGUCAAAACAUUCAAGUUCUUAGGUGGUAAAUUGGAACAACAAGCAUUUGACAGUCUUCAAAGUGUGAUCGAAACAUACAAGUAUGCCGAUACGCUCAUCAACUGUACUGGACUUGGUAGCAAAUAUCUCAAGGAUGUUCAAGAUAACACCAUGUAUCCUGUCCGAGGUCAAACUGUGGUUGUUCGUGCUCCCCACAUCAAGUUCCAACUGUAUAGAGAUAUAAGUCCUACCGAACCCUAUUGUACCUAUAUUGUUCCUCGCUCUGAUGGUACUGUGGUGUGUGGUGGUUCCAUGGAUGCUGGAAACACCAAUCGCAAGGCUGAUCCUCAAUUGGCCAAGACUAUGCUGGAAGAUUGCUACAAAUUUCAUCCUUAUAUAACACAUGGUCAAGGUCCUGACGCGUUUGAUAUCGUCUCUGUCAAUGUUGGUCUUCGCCCUGGACGCAAGGAUGGUAUUCGUUUAGAAAAAGAAAUCAAACAUCGUGCCAAUGGUGAUCGGGUGACUAUAUGCCACAACUAUGGACAUGCUUCUCAUGGGUACAUAUCAAGCUGGGGAUCUAGUGCCAAGGUCUUGCAACUUUUGAAGGAUGAACGUAUUUCGAAGCUAUAAAAUGAAAUGGCUCCAAUGUUAUUUUUUUAUUAUUAUUAUAUGACGGUUGGUCGGUUACUUGAUUCGUUCGUAGUAUUGGUCCUCUUUUUUAUUUUUUUAUUUUAUUCUUCCUGUAUUUGAAUUUUUUCCCGUAUUCUACUUUUUUCAAAUGAACGGUGCGUGUGAAUUUGUUAUUAAUUGAAUAAAUGACGUUGAACACAUCUUUUUUUUUUAUUUAUUCGUUUGGUCCAUUUGAUUUACUUGUCUUCUU